UCAUCAUCAUCAUCUUCAUCGCUCCACUUCAACAUCAACAGCUUAACCUUCUGAUGGGAUUGGGUGAAGGAGAAAUGUCUCAACGUAAACAUCAAGAGAGCAGCGCCGUGCUGCGAGUCGCCGCUCUGCCAUUGGUCCGCUCGGCGCUGCAGUCGGUGACCUCGGCGUACUCGGGGGUCAAAGGUCGCUACCCUCUGCUGGCUCUGAUGGGGGAGGUCGCCGAGCUCGGCGUCCGCAGCGUCUCGCACGCCGCCAUGACACGCGCCACGCCGCUGCUCCAGAGUCUGCAGCCGCAGAUUGAAGUUGCCAACAGCUUGGCUCUGGUUGGUCUGGAGCGUCUGGAGAGAAACUUACCCGUCCUGCACCAAUCAACAGACGAGGUGUUGGGUCACCUGAGGGAUGCCUUCUUGCUGACGCUGGACGACGUGCAGCUCUGGUUGGCUGAUGGCGUUGACGGUGUCGUGGAUCAGCUGGCGCGAGCUUCCCGCGCCGCGCUGGCGGCCGUGCGGCUGCUGCAGGACGUCCCGGCAGGCCGCGCCGCCGCCACGGGAUUGGACAACGUGCUGAGUCGUCUGGAGGACGCCACCGCCUACUACCUGCCGCUAUCGCCAGAGCUGCGUGUGGAGUGGGAGAGGAGGGUGAAGGAGUUUGAUGAUGAAGAGGAGGGUGAUGAAGAGCCCAGUGUGUGGACGAGGCUCCGCAGCCUCCUGCUGAGUCUCAGCCUGCAGCUCUACGACCUCCUGCUGACGCUCAGGGAGACACUACACAACGCUGCACACAAGGUGGGUCUUGGUUGGGUCCUACAGACGGUCGGGCAGUUGCUGCAGUACCUGCAGAGCCUCCUGGUGGCGCUGGCCUACCGGGCAGAGCGUCUCCGAGAGCUGACCCUGAGCCAGCUCAGAGGCCGGGCCGCCAUGUUGGCUGAGCUGCGUCCCGUACGUCGGAUCAGAGAGCUGCCGCCUCAGAUCCAGCAGCCUCUCGGAGACCUGCUGGAACUCUCCCAGAUGCUCCUGCAGCUGGUGAUUAACGGCACGCCGCUCUACAACCUGCUCCAGCAGCCAUCUGCUCAGGAGGUGGAGGACUUCCUGAACCAGGACUUUACGGCUGACGGUUCGUCUCAUCGCAUUUCCACUAACAGUCUCUUCCUGAAGGCGAUGGACGGACGUCCUCGCCGCCGUCGGAGUCGCGCUGCCCGAGGCUCCGUGGAACCCCAGACCCCCGACUCCCCCAACGGCUGCCAGCGCUCCAGCCUGAAGGAGCUAACAGCCCUGAAGGUGGAGGAACAGUUGCUCGCUUCCGGCGCCGACGUUCACCGCAGGCCAUCCAAGAAGAUCUUUGAUAACCUGAGUCCCGAUAACGCAGACGAUGCCGCAAAAGCUGACACGGACGACGAAAAAGCUGAAAUUGCAGAAUCCGAAAAUGCUGAAAUUGCACAAUCUGAAAAAGCCGAAAUUGUAGAAUCCGAAAACACUGAAAUAGCCGAAAUUGCAGAAUCCGAAAACGCUGUAAAGCCGAAAUUGCAGAAUCCGAAAAUGCUGAAAUUGCAGAAUCUGAAAAAGCCGAAAUUGCAGAAUCCGAAAACACUGAAAAAGCCGAAAUUGCAGAAUCUGAAAACACUGAAAUAGCCGAAAUUACAGAAACCGAAAACACUGAAAAAGCCGAAAUGGCAGAAUCCGAAAACAC